GACUCUGUUUCAAUAUAAUCGUUUAUGCAUAACAGCUGUUAUCAAUAAGAUGCAAAGAUACUUAGAUAUGUGUGCGUACGUUUGUAUUCAUACAUUUCACUGCUUAGCGCCAAAACUGUCAUUUAAUAGGUUUUUAUUUAUUUCUUACAAUUUUAUAAAAAUGUAAGAAUUGUUUGUUACAAAGUGAUAAACUUUAACAAAAAUUGGAUAAACUGUUAGUAGAUUAUGUCAAAAGUGAAAAUGGAUAAAAGUUCACCAAAAGAAAGUGCAAAAGAAGAAAACAGUGAAAAUGAAUCUGCGGAAGAUGAAACGGCCAGCAUAAGUACGACAACAACUUCGCGCAGUAAAUCGCCCGGUUCGCGCAGGCAGCGACGCAGUCGCACUCAUAGCAAAACAAAAGUUAAUCGCCCUUCUUACAAAUAUGAUUGUCAUUUAAAGGAGGAUCACGGUCAGGCUAUAUUUGGGAUAGCGUUUAAUCACUUAUUGGGAAAAGAUCAGCCUUUGAUAUUUGCUACGGCGGGCAGUAAUCGUUGCAGUGUUUACGAAUGUCCGCAAAAUGGCGGUCUGAAGUUGCUAAUGGUUUAUGCAGAUCCCGAUCCUGAUGAGGUUUUCUAUACAUGCUCUUGGUCCUAUGAACAAAAGGCUAGCAUGCCCUUAUUGGCAACGGCUGGUUAUCGUGGCGUUAUACGAGUCAUAGAUGUGAAUCGCAACGAAUCAGUGGGCAAUUAUAUUGGCCAUGGUCAAGCCAUUAAUGAACUUAAAUUUCAUCCUCGUCAACCUUUUCUACUGCUGUCCGGUAGCAAAGAUCAUGCUAUACGCUUAUGGAAUAUACAAACACAUGUCUGUAUUGCCAUCUUUGGUGGCGUGGAAGGGCAUCGAGAUGAAGUUCUUUCCAUUGAUUUUGACUCGCGGGGCGAACGUAUUAUGUCGAGUGGCAUGGAUCAUUCCCUUAAGCUAUGGCUUAUUAAUACAACUGAGUUCCAGGAGAAAAUCGAAUUAUCGCGAAUAUUCAAUGCGAACAAAUCUCAAAUGCCUUUCCCAACCAUAAUGCAACAUUUUCCCGACUUUUCUACCCGCGAUAUACAUCGCAACUAUGUAGAUUGCGUGCAAUGGUUCGGAGAUUUCAUACUCUCAAAAUCUUGUGAGAAUUCGAUUGUCUGCUGGAAGCCAGGUCAAUUGCAUCAGCAUUUAUCGCAAUUAAAACCGAACGAUGCUUCAUGCACGAUCAUUUGCGAGUUUGAUUAUGACGAAUGUGAAAUGUGGUUUGUUCGUUUCGGGUUUAAUCCAUGGCAUAAAAUCAUAGCACUGGGUAAUCAAUACGGUAAAGUUUACAUAUGGGAAUUGGAUCCUACUGACCCUCGCCAUACGCAUUCCAGCACAUUGAAUAAUAUACGCUGUACGUCUAUAGUCAGGCAAACGGCGUUUUCACGUGACGGUAGCGUUUUAGUAUGGGUAUGCGACGACGCGACUGUUUGGCGUUGGAAUCGUAGAAAUUCUGAAACUCACACUCCUUAGCAAUAGUUUAAACGGACUCACUUCAAUACAAUGUGAACUUAAUUCCAUAUUAACACAUACGAGGAGGAAAAACUCCAAUUUAAAAUUUUUUUUGCGUUACGUAGUUAUGUAUGAAAAU